AUUUUUCCACAAGAUUCCACUGCGGAUUGGUCAAGAUACUGGAGCCAGAGUUUGGACCUAAAAAUGCUGCUUCUGCGAGCUGAUUGGCCACAGCCCUGUGCCUGGAGUACCGCCCCUUCUCUCCAGUGAUUGGAUGAGCUGGAUCUAGCGCUGUCAGUUACAACCCCCCCCUUACUCCUUGUAGACUGCGCAGCAGCUCCGCUUUGUUAGUUGAGCAUCUAGAGAGACUAAAGGAUCUAGAUCAAUGCACUGACAGAGGAAAAUGAUCAUCUGCACGAAAAAGAUGGAGUACCCCCUCGGAACCCAAUGCCAACGUGCCCAGAGCCAGGUGAUGAAGGUGAACUCUGAGAAGGAGCGCGCGUCGCUGCUGUGCAUGAAAGCGCUGGUCAGUAGGGGGCGCCUGGACACAGUGCUGCAGCAGAUGGCCUUCCACCCACAGUACUUGGAAAGUUUCCUCCACAGUCAGCACUACAUCCUGCACAUGGAUGGACCGCUGCCUCUGCCGUACCGCCACUAUAUCGCCAUCAUGGCGGCUGCGCGGCACCGCUGUAGCUACCUGGUGUCCCUGCACUCGGCCCAGUUUCUUCGCGUGGGGGGAGACCCCGUGUGGCUUCAGGGGUUGGAAGCCGCCCCCCCCCGACUGCGACAUCUGGACCACAUCAACAAAGUGCUAGCCCACCGGCCUUGGCUUAGCGGCCGCGCCCACAUCCAGGCCCUGCUGAAGCCCGGAGAGCAGUGCUGGUCACUGGCUGAGCUGGUGCAGGCUGUGGUUCUGCUGGCACACUGCCACGCCCUCUGCAGUUUCGUCUUUGGUUCAGGGACGGACCCAGACCCCCCUCCAGCGCCCAGGGUGUCCCAUGGCACACCUCCUGGUUACUGUACCUGCGACGCGGCCAAUGGCAACGCCACACCCCUAGAGAGGGCACCACGACGGCGGUCCCUGGACUCCAGCUGCGAGGUCGCCUGUCUCAGGGAAAAGAUCCAGCGAGCGCAGGAGGAGACGGACAGGCCGGGUUCCCAAGCACUCCCGCAUGCGGAUGCGGAGGAAGAGGAGGAGGUGACCUGUAUAGAACCCUCCCACUUCGUCACAGACCCCGAGUUCGGCUACCAGGAGUUCGCCCGCCGUGAUGAGGAUCACUUCCAGGUGUUCAGGGUGCAGGACUAUUCAUGGGAGGACCACGGCUUCUCGCUUGUGAACCGGCUGUACUCGGACAUCGGCCACCUCCUGGACGAGCGUUUCCGCUGCGUGGCGGCCUUGCCGUUCUCCCGCGGGUCCGAUCUGCGCCGUGCCGUCUGGAACUACAUCCACUGCAUGUUCGGCAUCCGGUACGAUGACUAUGACUACGGCGAGGUGAACCAGCUGCUGGAGAGGGAGCUGAAGCUGUACAUCAAAACCGUGGCCUGCUUCCCCGACAGCACCAGGAGCCAGCUCCCCAGCGCCCUGCUCACUCCCUCCGAUAAGAUACAUAUCAACCUUCUGAUAAUGGAGGCAAGGCUGCAAGCUGAGCUCCUAUAUGCCCUGAGAGCUAUCACUCAGCACAUGAUUGGUUAGGAGGGCAGCGGGGAGCGUGGCAAGGAAGGGGUUAUGGGCGAAUGGGGAGACGCGUUGUAAGUUAGCUGUGAAGGGGAGGGAGUCAAGGGUGGGUGUGGAGGGGAUUGAUUUGUACGUGAGUGGAAUUUGGGGGGGGUCUGCAGGUCUUGGCAGAUUCACUGCAGUUCACUCUGCUCAGGUCUCCUACCGUUUCUCUGGCGAAUCCGAGUUUGAACUGACUUGUGUGCCUCUGUGUGAGUUUGCGUCCGAACCCAAACUGCUAAGACUCUACAGUCUCACUCCUUCCUUUUUUUCUGUCCUCCUGUUUCUCCUGGCAGUUCACCUCCUCCUGUUUGUCACUUUAAUUUUUAAUCCUCCACUGCCACUGUUUGACGGUUUACGUGCAAUUAUCUUGUUGGUGUUUGUCUGUGUUACUAUAGCUCCUCUGUUCCUGUCUGAAGUGAAGUGAUCACCAAACAGAAAAUGGUUCCUUUGUUUAUGAUGAUUUCGUGGGUUGAAAUUCUCUUUUAUUAUUUUUUAAGCUGUUGUGAUGUCUUUUUAAGCAAACUGUGCAGGUUUGUUUGAAACUGGAGGGGUGAAAUGGUUUAAAUGACACUAGAGAAAAUGGCACAGAGGCAAGUUAUUUUAACAGCAUUUUUAAUGUAUAUCUAUAUAUUUAUGGAAUAAGGAAGUUGUCUGGUAGUUGAAAUUUGAGCCAUUCCACGGCCUUGCCACAUCCUAGCAGCUGUUGUGCGCCACCUGCAGUUCACCUGUAGUAGGUGACAGAGUCUUUUACUCAUGAGUGGGGUGGGGACUGGAUACGGGGAGCAAGGUGCAGAUAUAUUCAGCACACGGACAUGUGCUCCUGUGCUGUUGGUCCUGACUCGUGUGGAGGAGAUUAUGACAGCAUCUGCUAGCUGUGUGCAGUGUCCGCUUUGCAGGGGUGAGUGAGAAUCACAAGGAGAAAAUGGCCAUCGAUGAACUUCCUGUUGGUUUAGCUGUUUUUGCUCUUUGCCUCUCUGUUGCACAAAGGAGUUUCCUAACAUUGGUGAUCCCGGAGGUCUUCCACUGGGCACAAAAUCCUAUGUCCAAGGCCAGACCAGGAACAUAAGGCCGCAAAAAUGUCCCCCUCCCCUCCCCCACAUGCUGGUGCGAAGUCUCUGCCUCGUGCUGACAGCUUGUGGUGCCGUGUUUGGCCUGUGGGAUGCAGGGAUAUGGCUCAGAACCCGGUGGAUUUAAUGCUGUACCAGGUGUUGCUGGAAGUUGCUGGGCAAACGACUCUUAUCAAGGUACAUUUUGCUUUUCAGAGCAACUUAUCUAGAAUCAGUCAUUCUUUUAAAACUUUUUAAGACGUCUUUGUGUGUUCCAUUUUUGUCUUUGUUUUUGUUGUAGUUUGUGGGUGGGGGGGUGGUGGUGUUGCUGCUAAUUUCGCACUCAUUGUGCUGCCGCUUGAACUCCGCUUCUAGUGGUUGGGGGGGCGGGAAUCGACAUAUCACCCGCAGCAUUGUGUAUGUCGCUGUGGUCUGUCCUUGGUCAAUCCCUGAGGAUUCACUCGUCCCUGAACUGCACCAUUGUGAGGGCACAUAAUGGUUUGCAUCAAAUUGGAGAAACUUUAUAACAUGUUGAACUAGUCCGAUCUUUUCAUCUGCAUUAUCCUGCGCUGGUCUGGGGAGAGUCAUGCAACAACAAACUGUUUGUGUUGCUCCUCUGACAGCAGGAUUUGGAAAACUUUGGUGUAACUGGCAACCCAUCUGCCCAGCCAGGACUUCAUAACACCCCCCCACCACCACCCAGUGACAGGAAUGGACUGGUCACCUGUAUGGCCAGGCUGUGUGUGGGACUCCAGGUGUCACUUGCUGUCUGCCAGUUGGCUCCUUCUUAUGACAUAAUCACAAAUUGCCGGCGGACCUGGUUACAGGAACUGAAUCCCAGCAGGUGAUGAAGGAGCCCUGGCUCGGUGCUCACCCCCAUUCCCCCACCCACAGUGUCUCCCACCCCCCGAGCACAGUGAACAAGAAACAGUGCCACACCCACUGGGGGCCGUCAGAGCUGGAGAAGACGGAUGAGUCCGGUAUUUACUGCGUAAAUGUACUGAGAAUAAAGAAGGAAAAAAGUAUUAAACUAGGAAAAAAAAAGGCCAAAAUUUUUUGGAAAACGUGAAAGACCUAUUUUUUCUAAGAUAAAAAUGUUGUGUCAAUA